UCUUUACCUUGUUACAUGUUUCCUUUUUGUCAAGUUCUCAAGUCAUCUCUUGAUUUAAUACACCUAUUGUGACUUCUGAUGCAAAAUAGUAAUCCACAUUCCUUGCUUUACAACACUAGAAACUUGAUGAAGGGAUGUGUCAUGUUUUAAAUGUAAGAGAUUCGUAUGACAAAGUGCAGACAGGUAUUUGAAAAUAGUAUGUGUACUGUUGAUGGUUGUUGGAUGUUGAAAGUAUACAGUCUGUUUUUUAGAAGGUUAGUAGUGUACAUAGUCUUUCUAAACCUAGGAGGACUGAGAAACCCCCCAAUUUAAGUAUCCUCAAGUGGAAAGCUGAAUCAUAUAUCAGUCAAACCUUAAUUAUUUUUGAAAACAAGGCUGCAAUGAAGUCAAGGUGUCUCAACAUGAUUAAACCUUAGGAUGUAUGUCAAGUUGCGAACGACCAUGAACAUUAUGUCUCAGAAACUCCCUAAUUGGCUAGUUUAGGCUUGUUGCCUUUUUUUACUCCCUAAUAGGCAACUCUUAGUUGUAUACCAGUACCAUCUUUUGGAUCUGAUUGUUUUAUUAUUCAUUCCUAAACCAUAUUUUCUUGUUUUUCUUUUCCAAAUUUACAAUCAAAUUAUUGUGUGAUUUAAUAUCUCUGAUUUCUGUUGCUCAGUAGUCAGAUCCCCAUCAUGUGCAUAUGUUUAAGUUUUACUGACACAUGCAACCAGCUACUGUUUGGUUUGGCUUGGGCUGUUAAAGUGUUGAAGUACAAGUGGAGUGCCAUUUUGUAUUCUUGAAAGUGUUUUCUGUGAAUAGGGAUGAAGGGGGGCAGGCAGUUGUAGUUGCAGCAAUGAGAUGUGGAAUGGUGGUGAUCGAGAACAGUAUAAUAUCUUUAUCGAAACUGUGUGUACAAACAUGCUACUUGGUAAAUUUAUGUGAUCUUUAACCAUUUAUUUUGAUUGCACCAAGAUGUGUAUAUGGUCAACUUGAUUUGCAAGAUUUGUUUCUUCCAGUGAAAGGUUACCCUUACCUUCAUUUGCUAAAAUCUAUGUAAAGGGCCUGUCAUCAGCUUAUUAAUAGGAAGCUGAUAUUUUGGGCCAACAGUUCCCUUAAACAACUGUGUUUCAAAUGUCUUUAAAACUGUUUUCCACUCUAUUAAAUUUCUUACUAAUGUUCAUGGCAAGUUUCUUUGUUAAUGAACUAGAUUGGAUGGAUCAGUUCAUGGAGAAUUUGAUCAUAUACUCCGAGCUAUCUUUUGUUGUAUUAAGCAAAAUUUGAGGCUUAUGACUUCUUAUAUAAAUCUAUAGGGAACUUUGGUGAUUGGUCCAAGUACUGGUUUUGGAUUCAAAGACCAUCUUUGCCACUCCUAUUCUGUAGUUCUUGUAACUGGCUGACUGCGAAUAAAUUUAAGUUUACAACUGCUUAAAUGUUUAAGCUGCCAGGUGAGAUUGUUUUAGGGGUAAAUGUUCUAUUUAAUAUGAAGCGCCGGUAUGUGUUUUGGUGAAGCAGAAAGAAGAAAGACUAGGCCUGAGUUUAAGUUCAUUCUGUGUGGGAGGUGGAUAUGCCAAAAAGCGUGACCACAAUAGAUCCAAAUACCUGUUAUGUAUGUUAUACUCCUUGGCCCUUUAUAUUGGAUAUUAGAGAAAUUUUUAAAAGGUAGAACUCAGAGCAUGUUAUAAGCGAAGUAUAAACUUUUUCAAAUCAGUUCAGCAACAUUUACCUCAAAUUAGCAAGUACAUGUAUGCACUUAAUUGGGACCAGAUUGUACAUGCAUAUUAAUAAGAUGCCUUGUGAUCUCUGCCUAGCCUUUGAGGGUAAAAUUUUGGUGUCUAUAACUUGCUCUGACUUUUUUUGUAUACAGAGAUCAUAGGACUGUGCUCUUUGUUCUUCCCUUUAAUGGAGAUGGAACUGCUAUCUCAUAACAAGCUGCAAACUCUCAUCGCUGCAUUUGGUAGACCUUUAUUAUAUAUUCUGUCUCUGAAAAAUGUAUAUGCUUUAUUACCAAAACAUAUAGAUGUAAAUAAUUUCGUCAUUCAUGGCUUGUCAAUUUGUUAUUUAAAAAAUAAAUUACGUUACAAUUUUAGAUACAUACAAGACUACAACUUUAGAUAAAACUCUUUGCUUUCUGUUAUAAUUACACUUUUAUAAGUGUCAAGAAUAAUUUGAUAAUAUGUUGUCACUGGUUUUAAAUCACAGAUCGGUAUAUUUAGCAAGUUUCAACUUGAAGCAUUUAAGUUGUUGGUAGUACAACUUCGAUCAUUUAGAUUGUUGAUAGCCCACUAUGACAGGUGUUAUAGUGAUGUAGUUUCUAGGUGUCGGUACAAAGCCAAUUUUAUUGGAAAUGCAGAUAAUAUCAGGUAGAAGUGAUUGUCCAUCAAGCAUCAGGAUUCAGAGGUUUGCUGGUAUAGGACUAGGUUCAGUGUUUACUUCUUCCUAUCAUCUGUAGCCGACUGCUAGACCCAUUUUUCUUAAUGUGGUUACAUCUUAUGCUGACAAUUUUUUUUCCAUUGGGAACCUGAUGUUCUUCAUUUUUUGAUGUUUCUGUUUUUUUUUUUUUAAUAUUUUCCUUGUUGAAUCCACUAUAUUGAUCCUGUAUUGAAUUUGUUUCAAUCACAGCUGCUAGUGUAAACAUAUGCAAUUGAUAUUGCUUGCAACCGAGUUAAAAUGCAUUGUUGUGAGGCAUUGACGUUGGAACUGUCAACUAAGAUCCAGGUCAGCUUUGUUAUGGGCUCUCUUAAAUCACCUGUUUAACUGAGGUGAUGGUAACAUAUUCUCCAGAGUCUAAUUCAGUUGUCCAUAAGAUCAGAUAGAGUUAUAAAUGUUUGGAUGGAUUUUGGCUUUGAUCAGUUUUGAGAGUUUUAUGCUGCUUGUGAUCUUGUAGCAUGUGUGUUGAACUUUUUUUCACUAUGCUGCACGUUUGUUUUUUGUUUUUGAGGCAAACGGCCAUAUUAAUGAAAGAUUAUUAACCAAGCAUAUUAGUUAGAAGUUAUUGUAUGAUUAUUACAGAGUUACCUACAACUAUUAGCAGUUACAGGCAAGAUUGUCACCAAGAAUAUGUCGCUACAUUUUGUCCUUUGUUGUAUUGUAUACCUGAGGACUGAGGUGCUUGUAUAUUUGGUCUAGCACUACAAGACCAUAAAUGAAGGGGUAGAAGAACCAGAACAGAUGCCAACACAAGUAAUCUUAUACUCUGGUGCGUACAGAAGCCGCGGCAGAGCACAAAAACACAGUUCUUGAAAGGUGCCAACAAAAACCAAAACGGCAAGCCUGCAAAUACAACAUACAGUCCAAAUUCCAGAGGAAGAAUCUCAAAGAAAUGGCUCAGCAUGGCUCCCUCUCUGCUGAAACAGAGACACUUAGUUACGUGCUACGCCUGUUGGAGGCCUUUCGAGCCUUUGAUUCAGACAAUGAUGGAGGAAUCACUGUUGCUGAGCUAGGAGGAGUGAUGGGGUCACUUGGAUACAAUCCAAGUGAUCAAGAAGUGAGGGCCAUGAUGCAACAAGGAGACAAGAACCGAGACGGGCUCCUGAGCAUUCAAGAAUUCUUAGAGCUGAACACAAAAGAGUUGGAAUUAGGUGGCUUGGCCAACUCACUUAAGACUGCUUUUGAAAAUAUGGAUUUGGAAGGAGAUGAGGUUGUUACCGGAGAAGAACUUUUUGAAGUUCUGGGAAAUAGUAAUGAACUAGGUUUAGAGGAAUGUGAAGCUAUUAUUGCUUCAAUUGAUGGGGAUGGGGAUGGGGCCAUAAGUUAUGAGGAUUUCAAUCUUAUAGUUAGCUGCCUCAUCUAAAUAUCUGUCUGAUCAGUGUCUCCAGACUCCAAAUUGAUGAUCAGCCUACGAAAUUAUGUUCGUGUAAUCUUAUAAUUUACGUGAUCAUAAUCCUUAUGUAUAUGUAUGAUAGCUACCAUAUGCAUAUUUGAAUAAUUACACAGUAGCAAUAUGUUCUGUUUUU